ACAAUUGUGAUGACAGUAAUGCCGGGGGCAUAAACAAAACGCGUGUUUGGUUGAUUUGAAACGAUUUUUGUCCAAAUUUGAGAUGGUGUCUACGCGUGGCAUCCGUUAUAAAUUUAGUGAGGGCGAGCGUGUGUUAUGCUACGAGCCAGAUCCGACAAAAGCGAAGGUUUUAUACGACUCAAAGGUGCUCGGGGUCGUGGAAACUAAAGACAAGCGCGGAAAGAAGAUUAUCCAGUACAUGAUUCAUUUUCAAGGCUGGAAUUCAUCGUGGGACCGUCGCGUAAAUUCAGAUUUUGUGCUGAAGGACACCGAAGAGAAUCGGCAGCUGCAACGCGAUUUGGCGGAGAAGGCACAGUUGCAACUAGCUGCUUACCUUUAUCGACGUGAAAAACGUAAAAGAUCACGGGGUUCCAAUAGUACGAGAAAUCGUGUGUCGUCAGAAGACGGAAGUUCCUGCAGUACCUUCGAUAGAAAUGAAAGAGAAGACCUCAUGAGAGAUGAAGGUGAUUCAGAAUCGAGUUCGAUCGAAAGCGGCGCCGAUGAGGACAGGCUUUAUCUCCAGGUUGGGGAGCAGUUGAAACAAAUUUUGGAUUUUGACCGAGAGAUGAUUGUAAGGAGAAAUAAACAACACAUUUUGCCGGCUGAACUGCCUGCGGUGACUAUUUUGGAGAAUUUCGUGAAACACAGCGCUCUCAAAUUAGUAUUUUCCCCUCAAACUCCAAAUGAGGGAAAUCGACGGCGUAACCCGCAACAGAAACGUGAAAUCAAUUUCGAAAAGUUGAAUCAGACGGUUUCCUUGCUGAAAGAAGUAGCGGAUGGAUUACGUAUUUACUUGGACUUCAUACUCAAAGAUCAUCUGCUAUAUAACGAAGAGAAGGAACAAGGUGCAUACGUGCUAUCCGAGGAGAAUUUAAAAAAUUUCACAUACAUCGCGUCUGAAAAAUUUUGCCCUGAUUUCCUUAACUUAAAAUUUGAAAGAUCCGACACGCCAGCGGGAUCGGAAUUUUCAGAGCCUCAUUCGACGUUCAGUGACGUUUCACAUCCGGAAGAUAAUGCCCGUCGUCGAUUGCGUUCAUACAGAGCGGAAACAGAGCCUGAUGCAGUGAUGGACCCGUUAAACUUCUUUAUGCAGGAAGCAAACUUAGGAAAGCCAGAAGGAACACCUAAAGACAGUUCCCACACAGCGAGACUUGAAAGUAGUGGCGUGUUAAAGCAAGAACCCGGCCAAAAAUCGGAAGCUGGCACAACAAAAACCGAUAACACAGCACAAAAAAUUGAUUCCACUUCUAGCAAGCAUGAAACCUGCAUAUCAAGUAUUGCUAGCACAAGUUCAGGUGGAUCUACUCCGCGCAGCAACAUAUUAUCGGGAAAUAUCGAUUUCACGAAAACCAUUCCACCUUUGAAUUCAGCCGUAUCCUUGAAAACAAGAGAAUUUCUUCAGAACGUUUUCUCUUGGCAAAUUGUUCCAUCGAACGCUCCAGUCGAAGCAUCAAUGAUUUUUGGCGCAGUGCAUUUGGCACGAUUAACGAUUAAACUUCCGGAUUUCCUCAACGCAACUCAUAUGUCGGAUGAAAAAUUAGCUAGAUUAGCUCCGUUGUUGGAUUCUUUUUUCAAGUAUUUGGAGUCUCAUAAGGAAUGGUUCGGUGAACACAAUUACAAAGACAAAUCUCCGCCUCCGAAUCCCGCCCAAUCGCCGCAAGCAACUAAUGCACCGGAGAGCACGCAGAAAGGGUCCUAGAAGAUCGAGGGAGAAAUAAAACGCCAGUAUUUCAACGAUUUUAACUUUUAUUUAAUGCCUUUAAAAUUGCAUCGUCAACUGUUUGCAACAAAUAUAAAAGUUGUAGAAAAUACAUUGCAGAAUUAAAAAAGUGUUAGUAAAGUUGUUAUCAUUCAUGAGAGUGCGUGAAACAAAAUAUAUUAAGCUCCGAGUAGUUGACCUGUAAAAUUUGUUGAAACUCUACUUCGAUUGAAAAGAUAGAAUAUCUGUUGGUAAUUGAAUAAGCAACAGUAAUAAAGACGGUACCUUUGAAACUCCUGAAA